AUGGUUCCUGUGGGUCAGGAAUACGGGAGCAGUUUGGCUGGUGGGUUUGGGCUCAGGGUCUCUCAUGAGGUUGUGGGCAAGAUGUCGGCGGCGGCUAAGUCAUUGAAAGGCUUGACUGAAGCUGCAGGAUCCACUUCCAGGAGGGCUCAUUCACCCAGCUGCUGGUGGAAGCCUGGGUUCCUCAUCACAGGGGCCCCUCCGCAAGGCAGUCUGUCUCCAUGCCAUGGCGGCGGGCUGUCCCCAGUGAGAAUGAUUCCCCAGGGAACACCCAAGAUGGAAGCCACAGUGACUUUUAUAACCUAA